UGCUGUGCUGUGGGUUCUCUGUGGCCGAGGGAGGUGCGAGUGUGCUGCGCUGUGUGAGCCGGUACCGGAGCUGUGGGGAGAGCGUGGGCGAGCUCGGAACCGCACCAUGGAUCUUUUGGCCUUCGAGGAUGUGGCAGUGAAGUUCAGCCAGGAUGAAUGGAUAUUGCUGGGUCCUUCUCAGAAGAAGCUGUACAGAGAUGUGAUGCUGGAAACCUGCAGUAACCUUACUUCUCUAGGCAUCAGAUGGGAAGACCAGAAUAUUGAACAGCAGUGUGAACAUUCUUGGAGACAUCUAAGAAGUCACAUGGUAGAUACAAUCUAUGAGCAUAGAGAAGGUGGUUCAUUUGGAAUACAACAGCGACGGCACAGUGGUGAAGAAUCCUAUAAGCCGUCUGGAAUGGCUGUCAUUUGCCCCUGUUCAUUUUCUAUAGAUGGAAGAAUCAACACCGAAGAUAAAUGUUCUGAGUGUUUACAGUGCGGUAAAGCUCUGAGUUCUGGUUCCCGUCAACGUCAUCAAAGAGUUCCUAGUGGCGAAAGCCCCUAUGAAUGUGAACAGUGUGGACAGUCCUUCAGACAGCAAAGUUCAUUUCAUUUACACAAAUUAACUCAUAUUGGAGGGAAACCCUAUAAAUGUAAACAGUGUGGGAAAACCUUCAGAUGUCACAAUUAUCUUCAGUUACAUGAAGUUUUUCAUAUCGAAGAAAACCCCUAUGAAUGUAAACAGUGUGGAAAAACCCUCUGUUCUCCCAGUUCUCUUCGAUUUCAUGAGAGGAUUCAUAAUGGAGAAAAACUUUAUGUAUGUAAACAGUGUGAUAAAGCUUUCAGAUGUCAAAGUUACCUCCGAAUGCACGAAAGAACUCACAGUGGUGAAAAAUGUUACGACUGUAAACAGUGCGGAAAAGCCUUCAGAAGUCACUGCUCCCUUAAAAGACAUACAGUAGCUCAUCCUGGGAAAAAGCCUUAUGCAUGUAAACAGUGUGCUAAGUCCUUCACUUAUCCAUAUUUACUUCAGACACAUGAAAGAUUUCACACUGGCGCAAAACCAUACAAAUGUAAGCUAUGCAGUAAAGCCUUUCUGUGUUCCCCCUUUCUUCAAAGACACAAAAGGACUCAUAUUUGGGGAGAACCCUAUCAGUGUAAACAGUGUGGUAAGGCCUUCAAAAGUCACAGUUCCCUUCGAUUGCAUGCAAGGGCUCAUACUGUCGAAAAACCUUAUAAAUGUAAGAUAUGUAGUAAAGUGUUUCUAUGUCCUUCCUUCCUUCAAAGACAUGAAAGAGCUCACAUUGAGGAAAAACCCUUUGAAUGUAAGCAAUGUAGUAAAGUCUUCAGAGAUUGGAAUACCUUCCAAACACAUGAAAGAUCUCAUAUGGUAGAAAAGCCCUAUAAAUGUAAAAUAUGUAGUAAAGGUUUUUAUUAUCCCUCCUCCCUUGAAAGACAUGAAAAGAUUCAUACUAGAGGAAAACACUAUGUAUGUAAAUAUGCAUGUGAACAAUGUCAUCAGACUUUCGUUUUUCCUUGUUUACUUGAGAGGCAUUUAAGAACUCACACGGUUGAAAAACCCUAUGAAUGUAAGCAGUGUGGUAAGGCAUUUAGGAGUCUCACUUACAUUCACAUACACAAAAGAACUCACACUAAAGAAAGACUGUAUCCAUGUAAACAGUGUGAUAAAAGCCUCAGUUGUCCCAGUGCCCUUCAGUUACAUGAACUAACUCAUGUUAGAGAAAAAUCCUAUGCAUGUCUGCAAGUUGAUAAAACGGCCAGGAAAUUCAGUUAUUUUCAAGUACAUGAAAAACCUCAUACUGAAGAAAAAGCUUAUGACUGUAAGCAGCAAUGUACAAUUCUCAGUUGUUCAAGUUCCCUUCAGCUACACGAAAGGAUCCAUCCUAGAGAGAAACCACAUGAAUGUAAACAAUAUGGCAAUACCUUCACAGCUCUCAGUAGUUUUCGAGUGCAUGAAAUACCUCACAAUCUUGAGAAACCCUCUGAAUGCAAGCAACAUGGUAAAGUGUUCAGUCUUAGUAAUAUAUAUGAAAGGAAGAAAGCUGAAGGAAAUCCCUGCGAAUGUAAGCAGUGUGGCAAGUCCUUUGUUUCUCGGUAUUUACUCCAAAUGCAUGAAAGGGCUCAUUCUGCAGAGAAGCGCUAUGAAUGUAAAGUAUGUGGCAAAUCCUUCAUUUAUCCCUCUUUUCUUCAAAGACAUGAAAGAACGCAUACUGGAGAAAAACCUUAUGAAUGCAAACAAUGUGGUAAGGCCUUCAGAGUUCAGAGCUCCCUUCGAUUACAUGAAAGAACUCAUUCUGAGGAAAAACCUUUUGAAUGUCAACACUGUGGUAAAGCCUUCUGGCGCCUCCCUUCUCUUCAAGUACAUGAAAGAAUCCAUACUGGAGAAAAACCCUUUGAAUGUCAACAAUGUGGCAAAACAUUUAGAUGCCACAGUUCCCUUCAAAGACAUGAAAGAACUCAUAGUCAUGAAAAGCCAUAUGACUGUCAUCAGUGUGGUAAGACCUUUAGAUGUCACCGGUCACUUCAGAGACAUGGAAAGACUCAUGCUGGGGGAAAAGCUCCAUGAGUCUGAACAGUGCAAAAACUUGUGGACUGUCUAAUUUCCUUCUAAUGUUUGAAAGUACUCCUGGGAAGAAAAUCUGGUAGUGUAAGACUAGUGAAAGCUUCAGGGUUUUUGUUGUUGUUGUUGUUUGUUUGUUUUUUUAAUCAUAGACUUCCUGGAGAAAAACCUAUCAGGAAUAUGUGUUAAUAUAUUCAGUUCUAAGCUGAACAUGGCAAUGCAUGCCUUUAAUCCCAGUACCGGAGUGUCAGAGGCAGGCAGAUAUGAGUUCCAGGCUGGACAGGGCUACAAAUGAACAAAAAGAUGUUGGCUUCCAUUUGAAAACUUGAACAUCUCUGGUGGAACACCUUAGGAAUAAAUGUAAUGUUAGGAUACUUCAUUUUUCAUAUGUCCUCUUGAAUACAUGAUAAUGAAAAUAGGGGUAGCUCUUAUAAGAAUGGAUUUUGGAUUGAAACUAGUUUGGAAAGUAAAGUUUGCAACAUUUUAACCGUCAAGAGGACUAUUGGAAGUAAAUUUUAAAUAUAUUGAAAUCCUGAUGCAAGUUAACCUAUAAUGUCCAGAUUUUUAUAAUAUGAAUUUAAUCUUAUAUAGGUUAUGAAUAUAUUGUAUUUACCAGGGAUUUGUAUUUAUUGAUGUUCCUAGAAGGGCUUGAUGGUGCAAGCCUGUAGAACUAGUUACUUAGGUCACUGACGGAGGAGAAUUGCAAGUUCAGGACUUGGCCAAGCAAUUGAUGUACUGUUUUGUCAUCAAAAACUGAAGAGUACUGCAUAUGUUGUUCAUUGGGUAGAAUACUUGAUGGACAUACCUGAAACUGUGAGUUCAGUCUCCAGUAUUCUUAUCAGAAGAAUGAGUUGCCAUUUCUUUUAGGCAUACGUUGAGGUAAAAAUGAAGUAUAGUCUUCCAGCAAUGGAGGUAGUUUGUAAUAAUAUAUACAUUCUUAGACAAUUCCAUAACUGAAGGUCAUUGGGUGUUCUCCUGAUGUCGUGAUAAAGUAUUCCAUCAAAAGAAGCUAGGAAGGGUUUCUUUUGGUUCAGAGGUUGAGCUGUGUCACAGUUUGCCAUGGCACAGAAGUCACGGCAGGAAGAGCUUGUUGGAGCUUGUCACGCUGUGUCUACAGUCAAGCAAGGAGUGAUGAAUACCCACGACUUUCUAGUUUUCUCUCUUUUAUGCAAGUCUAGAACCCAAACCCAGGGAAUAGUGUCACCUUGAGGGUGGGUCUUCCUGUCUCAAGUUAAAUCCCUUACAGACAAGCCCAGAAGCUCAUCUCCCAGGUGAUUUUAGAUUUUCUCAAGAUGAUAAUAUUAACUAUCACAAAUAUAGUAUAGUUUACCGAAAUCUACUCCAAACGUGCAGUAUAAUGUUUUACUGAUUUAGGAAACUGAAAAUAUUUGGUAUAAAUAUAUAAAAGGAUAAUAGUAUAAGGAUAAUGGAGUCUUCAGGACUGGAUACUGCUCUGUGUGUCUGUGGGUUCUAGUUUAGUGAACGUGAAUGUUAAGGACCUUACUAUACAUUAAUAUUACUGCAAUUAACUUUAUAGACACUGUAGACUUAGAUUUUAUUAUGUAUAAAAGAUCAUUUUAUAGUGAAUUAGGUAAUAACUUUUUAACUUUGCAAAGUUACAAUUUUUUGAUGCAUUUUUACUUUCUUAGUCACCAGUUUGCAAAUAAGAAAUUUGUAUACCUUUGGAUUACAUUGGGUUGAGAAGCUUGUUUUUUUUUUUUUUUUUAAAAAAUGCUUUCUAAUUUACUGAAAUGUAUUUUACAGAGAUUGUUUAGUGAAUUUUGGUUUGGGAUUAUCCAAUAGUUUCUGAUAUGGUCGUAAGUGUACCUUUGUCAUUUUGUACUAAUUUAUGUGAAGGGCACUCAACAUUGAUGAUUCAACUCGGGAAAACAGCGAGUCUCUAAAUUUUGCGUUCUCAGAUAUUCAGUUUUUUUUUUUUUGUUUUGUUUUCUUUUUUUCGACAGGGUCUCACUGUGUAGCCCUGACUGGCUGGAACUCAGUAUUGUAUACCAGGCUGACCUUUAAUUCAGUGAUUCACCUGUUUCUGCCUCUUGAGUUUUGGUAUGAAAGGUGAGUGCCACAUUCAAGUAAGAUUUAAUACCUAAUUUAAAAUAAGCAUCUAGGGGGCUGGAGAGAUGGCUCAGUGGUUAAGAGCAUUGCCUGCUCUUCCAAAGGUCCUGAGUUCAAUUCCCAGCAACCACAUGGUGGCUCACAACCAUCUGUAAUGAGGUCUGGUGCCCUCUUCUGGCCUGCAGGCAUUCACACAGACAGAAUAUUGUAUACAUAAUAAAUAAAUAAUUUUUUUUAAAAAAAAUAAGCAUCUCAUCUCAAUUAGUAUGAAAAUUGGUUUUUAUCUUUAAUAAAUGGUAAUGUUUACUAAAGAUUGGUUUUUAAAUAGAUUUCUUUUUUCAAAUGCUUUAAGAUACAAUUAUUUUGUAUCUCUGUGUGUAAAGAGAGGCAAUGUAGCCAGAAGGUGAUUCACAUACUGUGAAGAGCUGCCAAAUAAAAUUUUGCUUCUGUUGA